AUGGAAGACUCAAAUGAUGCACUAAAAACAGAUGCUUUCGAUGUCGCAAUCUCAACAAGAUUAAAAAAAUUAUUAGAGAGAUUACUUAAUACUUUAUUUGAAACCUUUUACACAAUUUAUAAAAGUUCGAGUUCAAAUAUAAGAGCUGAAGGCUCAAAGAAUAAAUUUUACAUUCACCUCGCUCGUAUGAUCCUUUUGACUUUGCAAUUACUUUCAUUGAUAUUUCCACCGACACUGCCUUCGUGAGAAAGCUAUCAUUGAUUUUCUAGCCUUAUUUCAUAUACUAUGCUUUUUACAUAAAAAUGGGUUUUAUUUUGGAGAGGAUGCGUUAUGUAAUUUAUAGAAAAAUAGGAAAAAAAGUAAAGAAAUCAGGAUUUUAUAUAAAAAAAGCUAUAGAUUUGAUUACUUAUUUAUGACACUCAGUAUCGGAGUUAUAUUUUUAUACAUUGCUGCAGGAGCAGUUGUAGUGCCCUGCCUCUUUUUAGCCUACCUCUACAUUAAGCUCUACCACAAAAAACCAGUGAAGCCUACAAAUUACCGCAUUACCUUAAGUCUGGGCUUAAAAUUUACAAGGGUUUACGCUUAUUUGCCCUUUUUAUGUGUUUUUUUUGCUACAUUUAAACUGUGGCUUUUGCCUGAGAAUACACUUUUUGAGUAUGACGAUGCUGAUACCAGCUUAAUCCACGCCCAAUAUUAUGGAGAAUUUACCUUGGUAUUAAUAGUGCUAUUAGUGGCUCUUUGCUUAUUCCAAGUAAUGUUUUUAUAUGACCAAUACAUAAGUAAAGCAAAAUAUGAUAUAGGAACUAGAGCACACAGUAAAUUAGAGGUUUUUCAGGUUUUGUCAAUACUUGUAAUAGCUGGGAACCAUUUUUGGAUACAUGAAAAUUACCCUGUUGCACAUUUUUUUAUUACCUUGGUGCUGGCUUCUGCUUUGUCUGUGGGGUAUGUGUAUUAUUUGCCUUAUUUUAAUGUUUUUUUGAAUUUUACGCACUCUGCAGCUUAUUUAACGUUGUCGUGGGGCGCUUUUGCACAGAUUUGGUCUUAUGCGCUUGAUAAUGGGACGAUGGGGUUUGGGCUGAUUGUAAUAGUGACGCCUUGUCUUUAUCUUUUAUUAUGAGAAAUUGUAAAAAGAAGGGUUAAACUUAUAGACAAGAGUUAUAUAAAUUUGGAAUCAUAUGGGAGUCUCUGGCUUUAUGAGCUUCCUACAAGACUUCUGGUGCAGGAAUACUUAAAUAUCUAUAAAAAAGAGCCAGAGCAAGCUUUAAUGAUAAAAGAAGACAUAAAUAGCUUGUUUAGAGGUAUGGCCAAAAAUUAUUCAAAUAAAAAAUAUGUAGGCUUAUGAGAGUUUGCGUUUACAUAUAGUAUGCAAUAACAUAUUUCUUUUCAUAAAUUAAUGGUUUUUUAGCUAAAAUAAGAAUAUAAACCACCGAUAGGCGAGAGUAUUAUUUAAUUUAAUAUAGAAUAUAUUAAAACAAGACAAUUUGGCAAGAAUUAAACUCAGCCAAUGCCGCCGUGCUGCUUUUGAAUUAGAAGGCUCAUUUCACCAGUAUAAAUACUCAAAAGAAAUAGAGCUUGCAUUUCAUGCAUAUCAUGAAGAAGUUGAUUUUUUAAAAUUUCGUACGAUGUACGAAAAAGCUUUAAAAUUUGAUGAAAAAUGCUGUGAUGCCCAGUUGCAAUUUUGAACUGAGUUGGCAUGUGAAGACCUUCAGAUAGAAAAACUUGAAGAUCUUGGGUAUAAAUUAGAAAAAGUCGUAAAAAAAUCAAGGAAACUUUCUAAAUUGCUUAUACCUUAUAUUUAUAAUUUUACUAGAGAAUCUCUCUUUAUUUUAAAUAAUGAUAUUUAAUUAUCAUAAGAAUAUUAAGAAAUAUCCAUCAAAUCAGCUAGCUCUAAAGCUAUUUGGGUCCUUUCUUUUAGAAGUAUAUAAUGACUCGAAUAAAGGAAAUGAGCUAGUUAGUCGUGCAGAGCACGAGAAACAACAAUUUGAAAAGAAAAUGCAAACUCUUGGCGAGAAAUUUAAUUAUUUUGAUAACAAUAAUGGAAUCUUGAUAGUCUCUGGAAAUCCUGAAAAUUUUGGAAACAUUGAAAGUAUGAAUCAUAUUGCUAGCAGGCUUCAGUAUUUUCCAUAAUUUUUGCCUAAAAUCCACAAGAUAAAUUUAAUAGUAAUUGUCUUAUAAUAGCUAGCAAUACUCUAGCUAUUCCUAUCAGGUUCGGCUUAAGCAUGAAUAUAAGUGUUUUUGUUCCACCCCCGAUGAAUGUCGCUUCAAUCCAUAAUAAAGCUAUGCAAAAUUUUAUUUUGCAAUGCAAAACCACUGAAGUUGGGCUUCCUUUUAGCUCUUUUUUUAUUGAUUAUAGUAGUUUUAUAGUAGAAGUCUUUUUGCAGGUCAGAUGUGUUGCGCUGGAUAGCUAUCCGUUCUUUAUUGCUGCAUUUAAAAAGAAUACUAAGGAUAGAGAAGUUAUAUUAUUCGAUGUAGAAGGCUUUAUAAUUUCGUCUACAAGAGGAUUUGCUAUUUUGACUGGGUAUUCGGACCAGCCAAUGAAUUUAAAAGGGGUUUAUGCAGAAAUGGUGCUGCCUACCUUUAAUAAACUGAGAAAAACUUAUAUAAGGGAAUAAAUUGAUUUUUUGUGAAGAAUUAAAAUAAAAAUGCUAUUCUUAUAAGAUUACUAUGGGUGGGCUAAAUAAAGCACACUAUACUUUUUUAACCUCCUCCCAAAACCUGGAAAAAUGACUGUAAUUUUCAAAAAUGGUUUUUUGGUAUGAAAAAAGUACAAACGGUGGUUUUGAAGUUGUCCAAAGGAUGAAAAAAGUAAAUGGUGUAUAAGCAGCAAAAACAGAGGGAAAAUACACAUAUAAAAAUCUGUAUUCUAUCAAGAUUAAGCAAAUUUAAGCAGAGAAAGCUCAAGAUGGAAUUUUAUAAUAGACAGCAUAUAUUGCAUACUAACAAAUAAAAACAAUAUCGCUUAAAUGAAUGAAAGAGCAACAUGAUACACAGUCAUAAAUUUUUGUCUUUCAAAAUAAUCGGAAAACGCUGUAAAAGAAUUUGCACUAUCAGAAAUUUUAUUGGUACUUUUUAACUAUAUGAACAAAUCGUUCACUUUUUGAUGCAUUUUCACUAAUUUAUUUCAUAAUCAACUUUCUUAUAUUUAUUUAUAACUUCGGAUCCUUUAUUGAAUAUAUAUGUGUUUAACUUUCUAACAGAGAAUUGUCUGUGAUUAUAUCUGCCUUUUAUAUUCAACUAAUCUGCGUCACUUUCAUCAUUAUUUUACAGUGUUUUCCUAUUAUUUUGAAAGGCAAAAAUUUAUGAUUGUGUACGUCGCUCUUACAUUUAUUAGGCGACAUUGUUUUUAUUUGGUAUUAUGCAAUAUAUGCUGUCUAUUAUACAAUCCCAUCCUCAGCUUUCUCUGCUUAAAUUUGUCUAGUUUUGAUAGAAUAUAGAUUUUUAUAUGUACUUUUUUCCUCUCUUUUUGCUGUUUUAAAAACACCCUUGGAAAACUUCAAAAUCACCGUUUUGCACUUUUCAUGCCAAAAAAACCAUUUUUGAAAAAUACAGUCAUUUUUAUAGGUUUUGGGAGGAGGUUAAAAAAAUACAGUGCACUUUAUUUAACCUCAGCCGAUUAUUAUGCUCUAAACUAAUUUUUUCUUAAAAAAUUCAAUCUAGUACACUAUAAACCUGAACAAGUCAUAGACUACGUCUUAGCAGGGACUGUCAAUAAAAUUUUUUUAAAAUUUCACAAUCAUGUUGCUGGUUCUGUAACAUUUAGCCUUCUAUUAGCAACUGGAAAUGAAGAAGAAAAAGAAUCCUGACUUAGUUCCAUGCCAGAAGUAACCGGUUUUGACGAACUAAUAGGCCAAGAAAUCCCAGCAGCUAAAGAAUAUACCGCCCCCACCUAUGAAAAAAAGGGAAUUUUAAAGCCACCUCGUAUGAAAUCCAAUAAAGACUGCAACGUAAAAUUUGAUUUAAAUCCUCAAGUGUCUUAUAUCAAUGAAACUGACUUUAAACCAGGCAAAAAAAUAAUCGGAAAAGAAAAAGACGCUACCUCCAUACAAAAACCAAAAGUAGAGCUCGAAGAAAUUCAUGAUGAAGAAGAAGAGGAUAAGGAAAAUACGGAUAAACCAGACCUUGUGCAGAAUUCUGCACCUGUAAUAUCAAAUUCUAAGCUGAUUGACUUAAAGGACCUUGAUUUAAUUGCUCCAGAGUCUUAUGAGGAUCCUAAUAACCUAUUAAAUAUUUUUUAAUUAAAAAAUUUUCUAAUUUAAAUUUAAAAUGCCUAGUUACCUCCCAAAAUUGCUAUAAAAAUAAAAAAAAAAUUAAAAAAAAUCAAUAUAAAGUAGCAUAAGUUCUGCUUCAGGCAUUUCAGGGAUUUCAGGCGAAAUCAUAAAUAUCCAGCAAGAACCUCGCAAGGGCACAUCAAUCGCAAGUUCUUCUAAUAGCUCAAACGCCAGCUUUACCUCAAGCGCUGUCGCCCAAAUCCUCCUCACAGGCGUCAAUAGGUCUAUGUUCCGUUUCAAAGUGUCUUUUUUUAUCACCACAGUUGUGGUAAACAUGGCUAUUUUAUCAAUGGUUAUCUACAUGUCAGUUGUCGCUGGGCAGUUUCAGGAAAAAGUUGUGGUAAAAGACGUCACCCAAAGAAGAAUUUUGAACUCCUAUCUUGCCCUUGAGGGUAGAAAUUUGUAUCUUUCUGCUGUAAAUUAUGAAAUUUCUGACACUUAUGAGACUAUUUCAAAUAAUAUGAAAGCAGAUGUGGAAAGUUAUGCUGAUAUUGUCAAUAGAGCGAGCAAAAGGCUGAAAACUUGGCCGAAAGGGAAAUAUAGGGAUAUGUAUUAUAAUAGUGAAUUUAUGCGCUUUAAACUAAACGAUGAUAUACUAAUUGCCCAUAACUGCGAGAUGUCUUUAUCUAAUAUUUUAUUGAUAAGCUAUUUAUUAUAAAAAGAUAUAUUAUUGUUGCAGAAACUGAUAACCUAAUGGACCUAAUGCGGAACAUGAUAGAAGAAGGUAACAUUUUAUCUGCAACAGAUGCUAGUAACAUAGACAACCAAAACCCUUCAUUUUUUUAUUUAUUAAGAAAUGGACAUUCAGAAACUCUAACUCCCCCCCUCCGAGUGAACAAAAAAAUUUUGUUCACUCACAGAGGGGGGUUAAUUUUUUUUUCGAAAUUUAAAAAAAUCUCACUUCUAUAAAAAUUGGAAAGCAAAUAUUAAUUUAAUUUGUAAAAAUUUAUGUUUUUUUAAACGCAAUUUGUUUAAAAUUAAACAGAAUUAGCUCAAGAUUUCAUUAUACUAAUUAUCACUUAUAUAUCAAAAAUUUUUGUUCACUCACAGAGGGUGGGGUUUUUUGGCAAAAAAUAGGGAUUUUUCUAAUGGUUUUGCUCACUCACGGAGGGGGGAGUAAGUGCUUUGAAUGAGUCUAUAUAUGUUUUAAAAUCUGAAGAGCGCUCAAUGCUGACUUCAGUUUUAAACAUUGUCCUCAUUUUAGCUGUAUUUGCAAUAUACUAUUCUUCAUUAAUUUUACCUCCUAAAUAACUUUUUUAUUAAAUCAGCCUUUUUUAGCUAGGAAAGUAUAUGUCUGCUUAUUAUUUGUCUAAUAGUUGUGCUUAUUCCUACACUUCUUUCUGUAGAAUACUCAAACCAAACUGUAUGAAGCCUUUUUAUUAAUUUACCUCUUGAGUUGAUUCAAGAAAUGCGUUCACGAUGUGAAGAACGAUUAGAGCAGACACAUGGCUGUGAGCCGCAGCUUCUUACGAAUAUUAGAGUUUUUAAAAGUCUUGCAUCUCGUGAAAAAGUUAAAGCUAAGGCUAAGUGACCUCGAAUUAUUUGCAAGAUGUCGAUUUAUGAUAUUUUAAGCCAUUUUUCCAUUAUUUAUAUCAUAAAAUAGCCUUAUUUCUAUAUAAAUAGUGCUUAAAAUAUCAAAAUAAUAGGCAAAGUUAAUCCAAUACCGAUAUUACGCUUCUUCCUUUUUAUUUUUUAUUUUAUUUUAUUUCAAAGGAUUUUUGGUAUACGAUAAUUUACUAUAUACAAAGCCAAUAGUAGUAGACUGGGCAGGACAGCGAGUUUUAGCUGUCAAUAUGGUCUUUUUUUGGCUUCAAGAAAUAAAGCACCAUAACCAGACGUGAAGCUAUUAUAACGUCAUCCCUUAUAUGAGGUCCGCGAUUUCUUUAGAAUGCGAGCUUGACAAAGCAAUAGAGAAUUUACGCUGGGCUGAAUAUUAUUUACUAUACGGAAGUGUCGCGUAUUUAGGAAAAAGUCAGUCUCAUAAAGACCUGCUACUUGAUAAAGGCUGCGAUAUAGCAGAAUGCGGAUUUUUAGAAAGAGGACUUCAUUCAGGGAUCGAGGACUAUAUAGAAGAUGUAUCAUAUGCAAGAGAUUUGAUAUUAAGUGGCCAAGAUGUCUCAAUAGAAGAUAUAAGAGCUCAAAUGAAGGCGCUACUGCAAUUGAGUACGGAGCUAAGGGAUAAGUAUAUAUCAGAUAUUGGGUCAAUUUUGGAUGAUACAACUUUAUUGAUUAUUGGGCUGACGGUCGCGUAUAUAGUUUUUGUUCUGUUUUUGUAUUUUUUUGUAUAUAUUCCAGGCUUGAACGUAAUUCAGAGAGAAAUCACUUCUAUAUGGACUUUAGGAAGGCUGAUUCCGAUUGCCCAUAGAGCUAAAAUCUUAAGGACUUUGAAAAAUAAUAAGCUACUAAAUAAAGCUGAGAAGGAUGAAUAA